CUGUUUACCAUCUUGGUAAAAUGAAGAAAGCUGAAACGUUUAAUUUUGGUCCUUGGAAGGUUACAUCUGUAAAAGGAACUAUCUUAAAGGCAGAUACCUUAGAGAGAUUUACAAGUGAACUAAAGCUUCCAUCACUCCCGGAGAUGGUAUUUGGUGAUAAUUGUCUACGGAUUCAACAUGAAGUAGGAUUUGGUUUGGAGUUUAAUGCACUGGAUGCAUUGCGGCUGGUUGACAGCGAACGGGAUUUGAUGAAAGUUGCAUGCGCUGAUGCCUGGCAAAAGUCCAGGUCAGAUGGAGAGCAAAGUACAGUAAUAGUGAAACCAUUUGAUUGGACAUACACAACAAACUACAAAGGCUCCUUGUUAAAAAAAGAUGAUAUACAAUUCAAGGUGGUUGAAACAGAUGAAAAAAUUGAUAUAGAACUUUUAAAGAAAAAAGAGAAGAUUUAUUUCUUUGAAGAUAUCAUAUUGUUUGAAGAUGAACUAGCAGAUAAUGGAUGUGCUUUACUAAAUGUAAAAAUGAGAAUAAUGCAAGGAAGUUUUUUCAUUUUAUUACGAUUUUACCUUCGUGUCGACGGAGUGUUAGUUCGUAUUAAUGAUACAAGAAUUCAUUAUCAGGCUGGUAAUAACUAUUUCCUUCGAGAAUACACAUCGAGGGAAAGCACUGUUUCAGAAAUAGAGAAUCCAUUUGAAGACGCUGCUGUUCUUUGCGACAAUCUUGGACUCAAAUUCCAUUGUAGCGAAAAAUUGAUGUUUCCAGACGCGAUUUCUGUAGAGACACCAGAUCUCACUGCGGAGACAUUAGCGGAAGAUAACGGAUGAAAAAGGAAUGGAUUUGAAUCAAAC